GGAAAGAGAGUGCGAGAGAGAGAACGGGAGCGGGGGCGCGCGCCACCCCUUUUCCUCGAGGAAGCUCUGCCUCUGGGGCCGGGGAGAGAGAGCGAGAGAGAGAGAGAGAGAGAGAGAGGGCGGUCCCUCUGCUUCUUCUUCUUCUUCUUCCCUCGCCCUCCUCCUUCCAGGCGGUGCGGUGAGCUGGGGACGGGCUCGCUCCCCUCCGUCCAUUCGUCCGUCCCUUCUUUGCACUGGCGCCCUUUCUUCCUGCUGGUCCCGCUCCAAGCAGGGCAGCCGGUCUCUCUGUCGUGGGCAUGGCCCGGCAGCGGCGCCACGGGCACUCAGGGGACAGAGGAGCCCCCUUCCUCUUCUUCUUCCUCCUCCUGCUCCUCUUCUCCCUGCCCUUGGCCUCCCCGCAGCAGCAGCAUCCCCCUCCUCCGCCCGCCCCUUCCUCGGCGCAGCGGGGCAGCGGCAGCAGCAGCGUGUGGUGCCCGAGCCGGUGCCUCUGCUUCCGGACCACGGUGCGCUGCAUGCACCUCGCCCUCGAGAGCGUCCCCGCCGUCUCGCCCCAGACCUCCAUCCUGGACCUGCGAUUUAAUAGAAUCAAGGAAAUUCAACCUGGUGCAUUCAGACGGCUUAAAAAUCUGAAUACAUUACUUCUAAACAACAAUCAUAUUAAAAGAAUACCAACUGGAGCAUUUGAAGACCUCGAGAAUCUAAAAUAUCUCUAUUUGUACAAGAAUGAAAUCCAGUCAAUUGACAGGCAAGCAUUUAAAGGACUUGCCUCUCUAGAACAACUGUAUCUGCACUUUAACCAGAUUGAAACUUUGGAACCAGAAUCAUUUACCCAUCUUCCCAAACUUGAAAGAUUGUUUUUGCACAACAACAGAAUCUCUCACCUAACUCUUGGGACGUUUAGUCAUUUGGAAUCUAUGAAGCGACUGCGUCUGGAUUCAAAUGCACUUCACUGUGACUGUGAAAUACUGUGGCUGGCAGAUCUGUUGAAAACAUAUGCAGAAUCUGGUAAUGCACAAGCUGCAGCAACUUGCGAAUAUCCAAGAAGGAUCCAAGGAAGAUCAGUAGCUACAAUAACACCUGAAGAACUUAACUGUGAGAGGCCAAGAAUUACGUCAGAGCCUCAAGAUGUAGAUGUUACCUCAGGGAAUACCGUUUACUUCACUUGCAGAGCUGAAGGCAAUCCCAAACCUGAAAUUAUUUGGCUUCGAAACAAUAAUGAACUGAGCAUGAAAGCAGAUUCUCGUUUAAACUUACUCGAUGAUGGCACUCUCAUGAUUCAGAAUACUCAAGAGACCGACCAAGGCAUUUACCAAUGCAUGGCCAAAAAUGUGGCAGGAGAAGUGAAAACCCAAGAAGUUACCCUGCGCUACUUUGGUUCACCAGCUAGGCCAAGUUUUGUGAUUCAUCCACAAAAUACUGAAGUCCUCGUUGGGGAAAGUGUGACCCUGGAGUGUAGUGCAACUGGCCAUCCCCAGCCACGCAUCACAUGGACAAAAGGUGACAGGACACCAUUGCCAAGUGACCCCCGCAUCACAAUAACUCCAUCAGGAGGGCUUUACAUCCAAAAUGUGGCCCAGGAAGACGGUGGCGAGUAUACCUGUUUUGCAACCAACAGCAUAGACAGUAUCCAUGCAACUGCAUUCAUCAUAGUGCAAGCUGUACCUCAAUUUACUGUGACCCCUCAAGACAGAAUAGUAAUUGAAGGACAAACUGUCGACUUCCCUUGUGAGGCACAAGGAUACCCACAGCCUGUCAUUGCCUGGACUAAAGGAGGGAGCCAGCUCUCUGUAGAUAGACGGCACUUAGUCUUGUCAUCUGGAACCCUGAGGAUUUCCAGAGUAGCUUUACAUGACCAAGGCCAGUAUGAAUGCCAAGCGGUCAACAUUGUAGGAUCCCAGAGGAUUGCUGUACAUCUCAAUGUACAACCUAGAGUGACUCCUGUCUUUGCUAGUGUUCCACGUGAUAUGACAGUUGAUGUUGGAACAAAUGUACAGAUUCCAUGUAGUUCUCAAGGAGAGCCCGAGCCUGUAAUAACAUGGAAUAAGGAUGGUGUUCAGGUCACAGAGAGUGGGAAAUUUCAUAUUAGCCCAGAAGGAUAUCUUACUAUUCGUGAUGUUGGGUCAGCAGAUCAAGGUCGUUAUGAAUGUGUUGCAAGGAACACCAUUGGAUACUCUUCAGUUAGCAUGGUAUUGAGUGUGAAUGUUCCUGAUGUUAGUCGAAAUGGAGAUCCAUAUGUAGCAAGCUCAAUUGUUGAAGCAAUCGCUACUGUAGACAGAGCAAUAAACUCAACACGUACACAUUUGUUCGACAGUCGCCCUCGUUCUCCAAAUGAUUUGCUAGCCUUGUUUCGAUACCCAAGAGAUCCUUACACUAUUGAGCAAGCAAGAGCUGGAGAGAUAUUUGAAAGGACAUUACAGCUAAUUCAAGAACAUGUGCAAGAUGGUUUAAUGGUUGACCUAAACGGAACAAGCUAUCACUAUAAUGAUCUUGUAUCUCCACAGUACUUGAAUCUGAUAGCUAACCUCUCAGGCUGCACUGCCCAUAGGCGUGUGAAUAACUGUUCAGAUAUGUGCUAUCACCAGAAAUACAGAACACACGAUGGUACCUGCAACAAUCUGCAGCAUCCAAUGUGGGGAGCCUCUCUCACAGCCUUUGAACGUUUGUUGAAGUCGGUCUAUGAAAAUGGAUUUAAUCUACCAAGGGGUGUCAGAGCUAACCGGCGAUACAAUGGAUACGCCCUUCCAAUGCCACGCUUAGUUUCAACUACUCUGAUAGGCACUGAAACCAUAACCCCUGAUGACCAGUUUAGUCAUAUGCUUAUGCAGUGGGGACAGUUUCUGGAUCACGACCUUGACUCCACUGUUGUUGCCCUAAGUGAAGCCAGGUUUUCUGAUGGUCAGCAUUGCAGCUCUGUUUGCACCAAUGAUCCCCCAUGUUUCUCCAUCAUGAUCCCACCUAAUGACCCUCGAGUCAGAAAUGGGGCCCGGUGCAUGUUUUUUGUGCGUUCAAGCCCAGUCUGUGGAAGUGGUAUGACAUCCCUUCUAAUGAAUUCUGUUUAUCCCAGAGAACAGAUCAACCAGUUGACUUCCUAUAUUGAUGCAUCUAAUGUUUAUGGCAGUUCAGAACAUGAAGCGCAGGAAAUCAGAGACCUAGCAAGCCACAGGGGCCUCCUGAGACAGGGCAUUGUACAGCGAUCUGGGAAGCCUCUUCUUCCAUUUGCUACUGGCCCUCCAACAGAAUGUAUGAGGGAUGAGAAUGAAAGCCCCAUUCCUUGCUUCUUAGCAGGGGACCAUCGUGCCAAUGAACAACUGGGGCUCACCAGCAUGCAUACACUGUGGUUUAGAGAACACAACAGAAUCGCCACAGAGUUGCUAAAACUCAAUCCACACUGGGACGGUGAUACAAUAUAUCAUGAAACACGCAAAAUUGUCGGUGCAGAAAUGCAGCACAUAACGUACAGCCAUUGGCUGCCUAAAAUCUUGGGCGAGGUAGGCAUGAAGAUGCUUGGUGACUAUAAAGGAUAUGACCCCAAUAUUAAUUCUGGCAUAACUAAUGAGUUUGCAACUGCCGCUUUUCGGUUUGGUCAUACCUUGAUCAAUCCCAUAUUGUAUAGGCUGGAUGAAAACUUUGAACCCAUUCCACAAGGCCAUAUACCUCUUCAUAAAGCGUUCUUCUCUCCAUUUCGGAUUGUAAACGAAGGAGGAAUUGAUCCACUUCUUAGAGGGUUGUUUGGUGUUGCUGGUAAGAUGCGUGUGCCAUCUCAAUUGCUGAAUACAGAAUUGACAGAGAGACUUUUCUCCAUGGCACGAGCAGUAGCUUUGGACCUGGCAGCAAUGAACAUUCAAAGAGGAAGAGAUCAUGGAAUCCCACCUUACCAUGAUUUUAGAGUUUAUUGUAAUCUUUCUUCAGCACAUACAUUUGAUGACUUGAAAAAUGAAAUUAAGAAUCCAGAAAUAAGAGAGAAAUUGAGAAGAUUAUAUGGUUCGCCACUAAACAUAGAUUUAUUUCCUGCUCUUAUGGUAGAAGAUUUAGUUCCGGGUAGCAGAUUGGGACCAACACUGAUGUGUCUGUUGAGCACACAGUUUAGACGUCUUCGAAAUGGAGACAGGUUGUGGCAUGAGAAUCCUGGUGUGUUUACUCCGUCUCAGUUGACUCAGAUCAAGCAGGCAUCCCUUGCCAGAAUUCUGUGUGACAAUGGAGACAAUAUAACCAGAGUCCAACAUGAUGUCUUCAGGGUGGCCGAGCUUCCACAUGGAUAUGGGAGCUGUCAUGAAAUUCCUAAAGUUGAUCUCAGGAUGUGGCAAGAUUGCUGUGAAGACUGCAGAACCAGAGGACAAUUCAAUGCAUUCUCAUACCACUUUCGAGGAAGACGUUCUCUUGAUUACAGUUUCCGUGAAGACAAGCCUUUAAAGCAUGUGAAAAUGUCAAGAACAAGUUUUGCCAGAGAGGAUAACCUUUUAAAUAGUUCAAUUUCAUCCCUUGUUGAGCACAAGAAAGGACCUGUAAUGAAUGACUUCAAAGAAUUUGUUGGCGAUAUGCAAAAAACUAUUACAGACCUCAGAAAACAGAUAAAGAAACUUGAAUCACGGCUCAGCAGAACUGAAUGCACUGAUGAAAAUGGCAAAUCUUAUUCCAGUAAUGAGACCUGGAAAAAAGACUCAUGUACCACAUGUGAAUGCAAGGUCGGCCAGAUAACCUGUUACGUGGAAUCGUGUCCGCCCAAUGAUUGUGCUACACCUGUAAAGCUCAAAGGAGUUUGCUGUCCUGUCUGCUUAAAACAAACUAUUAGAAAGGCGAAUAAACCUUAAAUCUGCUUUGCAACUGUCACAUACCAAGUCAUAUGGAUAUCUGCUGAUGGCAAAUACAGGUAACAGUAGGCUUAAAACCACAACAGCAAAUCAAGACAAUGAAGGACAGCAUUCAAAUGAUGGUGUAACAGUAUCGGAUGAUGUGUCAUUUUACUUGCCAACCCACUAAAAAGCCACAGUGUGAAAGUAUUGAAAGGGAAUAUAAAAUACAGGUCAAGAUAACUUUGUGUUAAAAUUUCUCAGGUUCUGCAAACUGAAAACUGGUACUACUUUUCAAAAAGAAGCCUUUCUCAAGUAGUUUGAGUCUCCCAGUGUCGUUUAUAUUUCUGCACACACUGGUAGGCAAAAGCCAGGGACCAUUCCAUUGAAAGAAAAGGGGAGCCACAGCUUUGUUGUUGUUUUAUUUAAAUAUUCUUUCUGGCCCAGUAUUGAUACUUUUCUUGCCAGCUGUCUUGGAUAUUGAUGACAAUGGUAUUAAACCUUUGUGAGAUGAACAUCAGACUAAGUAAAGCAGCUAGUGGUGCUAUAAUGUCAGCCAGUCAGUCAGUUCCUCUUCCUAUGGCAGUUCCACAUCUAGGGAGAACACACAUUUUGCAAUAGAUUUUUCCCUGGAUUAGUGGCAGUAUUAAUGUCUUAACCUCUACCCUGUCUUUAAUUAUCCUGUCUUCCUUUCUUAAAGUAGUGCCUAAGAGACGGAUGCAAAACAUGUGCCUGAUUACAAGUGAGCCGCUCACUGAGCCCUGCCACAAACAUUUAUAUAUCAAACAAUAUAUUCACACUGCACACACCUAUAUAGUGAAGUGGCAGGGAAGGACACUGCUGGAAUACACACAAUUGUAUCUUUUUAGCGGUAGAUUGUGGAGAAGACCUCUAUGGACCAAUAAGCAAGAUAACUUUAGCCUGAGUUGCAAGCCUUUUUGUGGUUAUUCUGGAUCUCUCUUGAUUCAUUUAAAUGUUAACUCUUUACUAUGAGAGCAUGUUGUUUGCAUUAGUCCAUCAAAAUGUCCUUAUCUUCCACCUCAACAGAUAGGAAUAGCUUCCAACCUCUAGCACCACAGGGACACACUGAAGUGGAAGGAGCAACCUUGCCCAACCUUGGAGUUUAAUUUCUAGAGAAAAGAGUACAGAAGCCAGGUCUGCGGGAAACAACUAAAUGAUCUUUCAUGUUCUGUACAGAGGCAGGCAAUCUAUUGACCACCCUUAUGUUGUUGGAUGGCUACCAUGAGCUCUAGCCAAAAUGGCAAAUGGUGAAGGAUAAUGGAAGUUGCCUUCUACUAACUCCAGAGUAGGAAGGUAGAAUCCCCCUCCAGCUCUUGGUAGAGCCCAACUUCGUUAAUUCAUGGCACAAAUUAAAACCGCUCCUCACAGGUACAGGUUCUUGGUUCAUAACAACACUUUAUGUGCUGGACAGCAGUUAUUCUGGAGUUACUGAAUAACCAUGAUACUGAAAAAUCUAGUUUGGCUUAGUGAAACACAAUAUUAGCAUUCUGGCAUUCUUGCCCAUAUCUGAAUCUAUCAUCCUUUUUCUGGAUGGUGCUAACAAUUAAAAUCAAGACAUCAUGGAUGGUGUCUAUACUUCCCACAUACACAAACCCUCUUCAUGCUACGGACAGUAAAAGCAAACUUUUAAAAAAUGAUUUCUAGAAGGCAAAUAUUAUUACAAAGAUAAAUCAAAUGAUCAUUGAAACAAUGACAUCUAUUGGUUUUAAGGGGGGAUCUCACAAUACUGUGCAACAGCUAACAUCAUUAACUUGGGAUUAUUUGCAUGAUGACCUCCCAUAGUGCAAUUUAGCAAACACGUUGCUCCUGCCCCUGGAGCAUGCCUUAGUAAGCUAUUCAGAUCUUAAUAUGGACCCCAGAUUAUAUCCAAGGUUACACCUAUUGCACUUGGUUAGUUGGUUGGAAGGCAGAUGCCUUGUACCUUUAAUUAUUACCUAUCCAUGGGUACAGCUUUUCCUGGUGUUGUGAUCAAAGAAUGGAGAAAAGGCAA